CAGCCUGAGGCCCCGGGAGGUGAUUGGCUGGAGCAUCAGGCAAAGCCCCACACCCUACUGGGGGGAUUAUAUACAUGCUGAAUCAAGGGAGAGGAUUGCUGGCCCCUGCUGCCGAGUAACUGUCUCAUCCACAAAGAUGUGGGCUCAGCUCCUUCUAGGAAUAUUGGCCUUAUCACCAGCCAUUGCAGAAAAACUCCCAAACUACCUGGUGACAUUACCAGCCCAGCUUAACUUCCCCUCUACUCAGAAGGUUUGUUUGGAUCUGAGCUCUGGAUUCAGGGAUAUAAAAUUUGCUAUUACUCUGGAGACCAAGGACAAGACCCAGAAGUUGCUAGAUCACUAUGGAUGGAAGAAGAGGCACUUACACUGCAUCUUCUUUUUGGUACCACCUCCUACGGGUGGCACAGAAGAAGUGGCUACCAUCCGGGUGUCAGGAACUGGAAAUAAUAUCAGCUUCGAGGAGAAGAAAAAGGUUCUAAUCAGGAGGCAGAGUAAUGGCAUCUUUAUACAAACUGACAAACCUAUCUACAACCCAGAGCAGCAAGUGCACUUUCGCAUUGUCACCCUGAACAGCCACUUUGUUCCAGUGAACGACAAGUGUUCCAUAGUGGAACUGCAGGAUCCAAAUGGCAACAGGAUUGCACAGUGGCUGGACGUGGUGCCUGAGCAAGGCAUUAUAGACCUGUCCUUCCAACUGGCACCAGAGGCAACGCUGGGCACCUAUACAGUGUCAGUGGCUGAGGGCAAGACCUUUGGCACCUUCAGUGUGGAAGAAUAUGUGCUGCCUAAAUCUAAGGUGGAAGUGGUGGAACCCAAGCACUUAUCAACGGCAGAGGAAUCCUUCUUGGUAAAGGUUUGUUGUAGGUACACCUAUGGAAAGCCUGUGCUAGGACAAGUGCAGGUAUCAGCGUGUCAAAAGGCACCAAAUUACUGGUUUCCACAACAGGAGAAGCUACCUGACAAAUGCAAGAACCUCUCUGGACAGACUGACAAAGCAGGAUGUUUCUCAGAGUCUGUGGACAUGUCCACCUUCAACCUCACUGGUUAUAGGUAUAGCCAGAGCAUCGAUAUAGAGGCUACUGUGGUGGAGGAAGGAACGGGAGUGGAGGCCAGUACCACUCAGGAAAUCUACAUUUCUUCACAAAUCGGAUCAAUGAUAUUUGAAGACACCAAUAAUUUUUAUUACCCCAACUUCCCCUUCACUGGGAAGAUAAGAGUAAGUGGCUAUGAUGGCUCCCUCCUCAAGAAUCACAGAGUGUUUCUGGUGAUUUAUGGCACAAAUGGAACCAUCAGCAACCAGACCCUGACUACUGACAACAAUGGCCUUGCUCCCUUCACGCUGGACACAGUUAACUGGAAUGGGGCAGGCGUUUCGUUGGAGGGCAGAUUCCAAAUGAAAGAUGUGGUGUACGAUCCAGAACAAGUGCCUUAUUACUACCAAAAUGCCUACCUGUACCUGCAACCCUUCUAUAACACGACUCACAGCUUCGUUGACAUUCACUGGCCAAGUGGUGUCUUGGAAUGUAGGCAGCCCCAGGAAGUGCUAGUGGGUUAUUACAUCAAUCCGGCUGAUGUGGACCCUGACCAGGAAGUUACCUUCACCUACUAUUUAAUAGGGAAAGGGAGUUUGGAGAUGGCGGGGCAGCAACACCUGAACUCUAAGGAGAUAGGACUGAAAGGCUCCUUCUCGCUCUCACUGACCUUCAGUUCCAGACUAGCCCCUAAUCCUUUCUUGGUGGUCUAUGCCAUUUUCCCCAGUGGAGGUGUGAUAGCUGACAAAGUCCAGUUUUCCGUAGAGAUGUGCUUUGACAACCAGGUCUCCCUUGGCUUCUCACCUUCCCAGCAGCUUCCAGGAGCCGAAGUGGAGCUACACCUGCAGGCGGCUCCCGGGUCCCUGUGUGCAGUCCGGGCCGUGGAUGAGAGUGUCUCAUUACUCAGGCCAGAGAGAGAGCUGAGCAACCGCUCUGUCUAUGGGAUGUUCCAGUACUGGUAUGGUUACUACCCCUAUCAGGUGGCUGAAUAUGAUGAGUGUCCAGUGUCUGACCCCAGGGACAUUCAUCAACCUCUCAUUUAUCCAGUGCCUGAGAAGCGUUGGAGUAGGCACUCAACUAUAUGGGGACCUUUGUUCUCUGAAAGCAUGGACCUUUUCAGACUUUUCCAGGAAGUGGGCCUGAAAAUAUUGUCCAAUGCCAAAAUCAAGAAGCCAGUAGAUUGCAAUCACUGGUCUCCACAACACACCAGUGUAGCUCAGGGAGCCGCCUUUGGAAAGAGUGGUUUGGGUCCAGUGGCAUUUGAGUCAUCGACCUCAUCACCUCCACCAGAGGAUUCUCGGGUCCGCCGGUACUUCCCAGAGACUUGGCUAUGGAAUCUGCUUCCUGUUGGCAACUUAGGGAAAGAGUCUGUCCAUGUCACCAUUCCUGAUACCAUCACUGAGUGGAAGGCCGUGACUUUUUGCACCUCCCAGUCCAGUGGCUUUGGUCUUUCACCCAUUGUUGGACUAACUGCCUUCCAGCCAUUCUUUGUUGACUUGACUCUCCCAUACUCAGUAAUUCGUGGGGAAUCCUUUCGCCUUACUGCCACCGUCUUCAAUUAUCUAAAGAAAUGCAUCAGGGUGCAGACUAAGCUGGCUGAAUCAAAUGAGUACCAGGUGGAAUCAGGGACACAUUCUCAGGCCUCCAGCUGCCUCUGUGCUGAUGAAGCAAAAACCUAUCACUGGAAUAUUACAGCUGCCAAACUGGGUCAUGUAAACUUUACUAUUAGUACUGAGAUUCUGGACAGCAGUGAACUCUGUGGUGGCCGGAAGGGAUUUGUCCCAGUAAAGGGCAGGAGAGACAUGCUCAUCAAACCAGUUCUGGUUAAGCCUGAGGGAGUCCUCGUGGAGAACACACUCAGCUCAUUGCUGUGCCCACAAGGAAAGGUGGCUUCAGAAUCUGUCUCCCUCGAGCUCCCUGAGGAUGUUGUUCCUGAUUCAGCCAAGGCUUAUGUUACUGCUCUGGGAGACAUUAUGGGCACCGCCCUGCAGAACCUAGACAGUCUGGUGCAGAUGCCACGUGGCUGUGGGGAGCAGAACAUGGUCUUGUUCGCUCCCAUCAUAUACGUCUUGCAGUAUCUGGAGAAGGCAGGGCUGCUGACCAAGGAAAUCAGGUCCCAGGCAGUGGGGUUCCUGAACACGGGGUACCAGAAGGAGCUAAUGUACAAACACAGCAAUGGCUCAUACAGUGCCUUCGGGGAGCAAGAUGGAAAUGGAAACACAUGGUUGACAGCCUUUGUCACCAAAUGCUUUGGCCAAGCUCAAGAAUUCAUCUUCAUUGAUGACAAGAACAUCCAUGAUGCUCUUGAGUGGAUGGCAGGCAACCAGCUCCCCAGCGGCUGCUAUGUCAAUGUGGGAAAGCUCAUUCACACAGCUAUGAAGGGUGGCGUCGAGGAUGAGGCCUCCUUGACAGCGUACAUCACAGCUGCAUUGCUGGAGAUGGGAAAGACUGAAGAGGACCCAAUGGUGCGUCAGGGUCUGCAGUAUCUCAAGAAUUCUGUUUCCUCCACCAUCAACCUCUACACACAGGCCCUACUAGCUUAUACUUUCUCUCUGGCUGGGGAGAUGGACAUCAGAAACAUGCUUCUUGAAAAGUUAGAUCAGCAGGCUAUCGUCUCAGGACAGUCCAUUCACUGGAGCCAAAAACCUACUCAGUCAUUGGAUGAUAGUCCUUGGUCUAAGCCUGAAUCUGUAGACGUGGAACUUACAUCAUAUGUAUUAUUGGCCCAGCUUAGCAAAGCCAGCCUGACUCAGAAGGAGCUGGCUAAGGCCACUGCCACAGUGGCUUGGUUGGCCAGGCAACGCAAUGCCUAUGGGGGCUUCUCCUCCACUCAGGAUACUGUAGUUGCUCUCCAAGCUCUUGCCAAAUAUGCCGCUACUGCCUAUGUGCCGUCUGAGGAGGUCAAGGUAGCUAUAAAAUCCACUGAGAAUUUCCAGCAUACUUUCAACAUUCAGGCAGCCAACCGGUUGGUAUCCCAGCAAGAGAUUCUGCCCGAUAUCCCUGGAGUGUACACCUUGGAGGCCUCAGGCCAGGGCUGUGUCUAUGUGCAGAUGGUGCUAAGAUACAAUAUUCUCCCUCCUAAAAAUAUGGAGAUCUUCAGUCUUAGUGUGGUUGUAUCAACAGUUAGUUGUGAGCAGCCUCGAUCCUUGAUUCUCACUAUCGACACCAGUUAUGUGGGAAGGCGCAGCUCUUCCAACUUGGCCAUUGUAGAAGUGAAAAUGCUUUCUGGGUUCAGUCCCAUGGAGGGCACCAUUCAGUCACUUCUCCAACAACCACUGGUGAAGAAGGUUGAAUCUGGAACUGACACACUUAACAUUUACUUGGAAGAGAUCAGUAAGAAGACUCAGACUUUUACCUUCUCCAUCAGCCAAACUGUGUUGGUCACCAACCUAAAACCAGCAGCUGUUACAGUCUAUGACUACUACCUACCAGAUGAACAGGCAACAGUUCAGUAUUCUGAUAUCUGUGAAUGAGGUUUGAAGUUGGAAAGUUAAUCUUCUGUGACAUUAUUGGACAGCAUUCUUUUGCCUCUUAAAACUGAACUGAUUCAAUCAAAUAGAUUUCUCUGAUUGACUAGUAAAAGGAUAACAGAUGAGCAGGCCAGAUCUCAGCUACUUUCUACUACUUCACAGAUGCAUGCACAGGUGCCAGAGUAAAGAGCUAAGGGAGAUGGACUAGGAAUUAUCACACAAAAGAGGAACUACAUGGGAGAGAUCAUUGUGGGAAGAGAUCUAGCCAUUUAUGGGAUUCUCCAGAGAGGAGAUGGUGGUAUAAAGGGUGACCAAGAGACAAGAAUGUCUUACUGGAGGUUAAAUCUAGGGGGAGAUGUAAGUUAGGGCUCUGGGAAUAGAUUUAAAAAAUAAACUUUCUUUUUCUUUGAAAGAAAAUUUGGA